UCUGCGGGAUUAAAAUUCAAAAUGUCGUCCAACCUCGUGUGUCGAAUUCAUCCAGUAGUUCUUUUUACUGUUAUUGACUCUUUUGAGAGAAGAAAUGAAGAUGCCAGAAGAGUGGUCGGAUCUUUGUUGGGUUACUAUGACAAAGGAGCUGUGGAAAUAACCAACUGUUUCGCUGUUCCUCAUAAUGAAUCUGAACAGGAGGUUGCUUUGGAUAUUGAAUAUGCCAGAGAAAUGUUUGAACUUUAUAAAAAAGUGAAUUCUUCAGAAGUGAUUGUGGGAUGGUAUUCUACAGGUUCAGAAGUUUCUGGUCACUCUGUUUUAAUUCAUGAAUAUUAUUCUCGAGAAUGUAAAACACCGAUACAUUUAACUGUUGAUACAUCCUUGAAGAACGGUAAAAUGGGAACCAAGGCUUACGUCAGCACACCUAUAGGAGUUCCUACUAAAACAACUGGUACCAUGUUUACACCAGUUCCUGUAGAAUAUAUCAGUUACGAACCAGAAAAAGUUGGAGUGAAUCAUUUACAAGAAGGGAAAGUAAACACUAAGAGAACAGUAUCUAUGGAAUCUGAUUUAGCUCACGUUGAAACUGCCUGUCAUAGAUUACAAGAGAUGUUAUCUACUGUUAUUAAUUAUGUUGAUGAUGUCUUGGCUGGUAAAGCUAAAACUGAUAAUACUAUAGGAAGAUUUCUAAUGAAUCUAGUUAACGAGGUGCCACAGAUAGAUAUAGAAGAGUUUGAUACCAUGUUGAAUUCUAAUAUGAAGGAUCUGUUAAUGGUGGUUUAUUUAGCUAACUUUGUUCGAACCCAGAUGGCAAUUCAUGAAAAAAUCAACAUCUUACAUAUUUAACUUGAAUUGAACUAAAACAAGAUUUGGUGUAUCUAUAGACAGUUUUAAAAUCAAAGUUAUAAACAUUUUGAAUUCAGUGAGAAUCUUAUUCUGGAAGGGAAGUGAGGAUUAAAUCAUGAAAAAAAAAUUGUACAGAAGAAAAAUAAAAUUAAUCAGAAGAA